AUGAUCCGGGUUCUUUGGCACUUGAAACGAAGCCUUGAAGCCAUCCUUCUUCGGGUCCUUCUCCGCGGAUGUAGUACGCAUUUGAUGACGAGCAUCGCCAAUGGCGUCGCUCCUCUUCGCCUCUUCCUCGAAUGGGCCAUGAACGCCUUCUAUCACUACAUCGCUCGAGUGCUCCUCACAUUUCUUUUUCACCUCCAGAAAUACUUGUUCAACAAGAUGUUCCCUUGCAUGAUGGCCGAAUUUAUCUCCCGGCAGGUUUGUUGCCCUUACGUCAUUUUCAAUCCCAGUGAUAUCUGCCAGCUCUUUUAG